AUGUCUUCUCGUGCGGACCAUCGUGUCUACGCAAACAUGUCUUCUCCUGCUGAGGGAGCUGCUGACUCGAUCCAGGGUACCCCCAACACCCAGAUCACCGUCUUCUCUCCUGCCGAGAGCUCCCAGGGCACUUCUGUCCAGGGCAACAACUAUCUUGGUCAAAGCCAGGCCCCGGAAGACCCGUUCGUUGAUAGCAGUGUUUCCCAUGGGAGUACUCUGUCUGCUACGGCUUCUUCCUUCGAGCCCCUUGGUCAGAGGUUCAAGGGCAAGAACGCACUCGUAUUCUACCCAGAGGGUAGUCCCACUGUCGCUGGAGCUCUAAGCCACGAUAUGGACAUCUCACACCGCAUCGAGGUCUGUGACACUCCUGCGCCUUCCAUCGUCGAACUCGGCAAUUACAUCACUGAGCUUACCCAAAAGGGAGUCAGGUUCCACGGCGGACGCAACCUGGAGACUGACGGAGGACAUGUGUACGUCGUCUUCGAAGACCUCCGUGAUGCCGCCUGGGCCUUCUACGCCAUUCGAAAGGCCCCCAAAGGCUGGUUCACGGCGUACGUGAAGAUCCGACCUGAGCGCCUGGACCUUGGCCUUGUACGAUUCUCCGAGCUUAGACAGCUCAGCAUCGAGGUCAACGUUCUUAACUUUUCCAUCAUCGAUCCAGCUCAUGUUGAUGAGAUCGCCCAGCGAGCCCUGAAUGUCUACGGCCAGCUCUUUGCGCUGCUCAGACACUUGAGUUACCCCAACGGAGCCUUCCGCGGUGUCGCCCAGUUCUGCAAGGCUGCCGACGCCUUCAUCGCUUUCAAGGCCUUCGGUAACGGCGUUACCACCGGCGGCGUCGUCAUUACCCUGUCUAAGCCAGAGGACGUUGGCAAUGCAGCCUCUGUCGACAACCAACUCGCUGGUGCCUUCGGGAAUAUGACCAUCCAGCAAGGUACCCGCGGUGUCGACCGAAGUCGUCACCAAAGCUUCUUCGCGCUCAACGCUCCACAGGGAAACCCAUUUGCAGCAGCUGGCGCUGCCAGCAUUCCAUUUCCCCCGACCCUUCAGCAACAGCCCUUUACUGGGCAGCAGUUUGGGCCCCCCGGCGCGUCCAACACCCUGGCGCUUACUAACCCAAACGGCUUCGGGAGGUUCGACCCGCGUCGAGGUGCUGGCCGGUAUGGUCGUGGCUCUCGUGGGCUGAACAACAUUGUUGACCUCAACGAGCUCAUCGCCGGACGUGACAUAAUGCUUCGCAACAUUCCGAACAAGGUGGACCAGCCUCUUUUGAAGAAGAUCGUGGAUGUUUCCUCUUUUGGCCGGUACGACUUUAUGUACCUGCGAAUUGACUUUGCCAACGAUUGCAACGUCGGCUAUGCCUUCAUCAACUUCGUCAAAGCGGAGUACAUCAUCGACUUCUUCCAGGCACGAGCUAACAAACGCUGGAACUGCUUCCGCUCGGACAAGGUCGCUGAGAUCUCCUAUGCGACUAUCCAGGGAAAGGACUGCCUUGUGCAGAAGUUUCGCAACUCGUCCGUGAUGCUCGAGGCAGAGCACUAUCGUCCGAAGCUGUUCUAUACUAUUCACAGUGAUGAUCCCAGCCUCGUGGGUCGAGAGGAACCGUUCCCUGGCCCGGAUAAUCAGUCCAAAAUGAAGCGCUCGGUUGAGAACGCUGAACACGUUGGACUCUUCACGCCUACAGCUGGGCAAUACUUCCGUGACGAGCAGCGUCGUCGUCACUCCCAGUACGAUCGCGGCACUCGCUUGGCUGAACUGGAGGAAAUCUCCUAUGGGUCAGGUGUCAUCCCCUACCACGGUCGUGGUCGCUACUAA